AUGUCUCACUUCGGAGUACCCUCUAGAAUUACUACUGAUUGUGGACGCCAAUUUGAAGCUUGUCUGUUCUGUGAGCUUUCAAGAUUGCUCAGAGUUCAGCACAUCCACACCACCAGUUACCAUCCUGCCACAAACAGUAUAGUGGAAAGAUUCCACCAACAGCUCAAAGCUACUAUUUGCAUGGCUCCUGACCCUCAUCGUUGGUCCAAAUUUCUCCCCAUUGUUCUGCUAGAGUGCCGGUCAGCUGUCAAGGAGGACUUAGGCUACUCCUCCGCUGAGCUCCUGUAUGGCACCACCUUAGCACUUCCUGGACAAAUGUUGGCGUCUGUCAACUUACUGAAUGUGGACCCCAUAUCUUAUGUCACACAACUUAAGUCAUUCUUUGCUGACCUACCACCGAUGCUUCCUCAUGACCAGUCUAUUUCCUCUGCAGUACCUCCAGAUAUUUCUACCUGGAGUCAUGUGUUUGUAAGAAAUGACACCAUCAAGGGACCACUCACACCUCCCUUCACUGGACCCUAUCGCAUUCUUAAAAGCACACCGAAACUGUUUACUGUGGACAUUCACGGAAAAAAGAGACUGUCUCUAUUGACAGAGUAA